UUGAUCACCCCAAUCGUCUUGAUCACGUCAUAAUACUCAAAGAAUGAUUCCUUCAUCAAAUACAACAAAAAUCGUCUUGUAAAUUAGAAGUGUUUGUUAAGAACUUCACGAUGGAAGAAUUUCUUGACGCCACCUUUAUUACGAUCAGCUGAUCUUCACAUGUAAACAGGACAGUUAUCACACGGGAGGGAAACGCACCUGACAGCCCAGGAACACCGGUAGUUUGUGACAGGUACCAGUUCUUGACCAAGGAAGUAUGCCAUGUAACUAAAGGUACAGCAUGACGAGCAAUCCGACUUCCAGCAACCACCCCGUGGACAAAGGAUGGGCCUGGGUGAUCCUCGCGGGGUCCAGCCUGAUCUUUAUGAUAUACGUCGGUACCAUCAAGACCUCGGGCCUGUUCUUCGUGGCCUUUCAGGAUUACUACAAGUCUGAAGCCUCCACAACCUCAAUCAUACCAGGCGUUCUUCAGAUUGUCUACAGCAUCGCUUCCCUUCCGAUCCUUACAUUUGGACUCCAUCACCUGUCUGUCCGUCAGAUGAUCAUUGUCGGAGGAAUUCUCGGAUCCAUCGCUUAUUUCCUCGGAUUCUUUGCUGACAGAAUCGAAAUCCUUAUCGUGACCCAUGGAGUUAUAUACGGAAUUGGAUUUGCUACAAUCCACGGCCCGGCAGCCUACCUGAUCGGUAUAUACUUUAACAGACGGCGGGAGCUGGCUAACUCUGUUCUAGUGGCAUCCUCAGGUUUUGGCGGACUCGUUGUUCCUCCUUUAUUUCGCUAUCUUCUGGACGUUUACGGUCUUCGUGGUACCAUGCUCAUCUUUUCAGGAGUUAUAUUCAAUGUGGUGGCUCUAGCAGGACUUCUAAAGCCUCCAUCUCUUUUUCAACUGUUCUCUAACAGCAACAGCAAAUCCAAACCGGAAUAUUCAAUUGUUCAAAUCCAAGACACUCACGAGUAUUCACAAGUAUCGACGGGCAAAAAGCGCUCAAUAUCUCUGAGUGAAAGACCGACACCUGGAAAUGGCGUCUCAUCUAGUUUUGAAAAGGAUGAAACAUGGGGGAGUUUGCCACAUCGACUGGAUACUAAAACACACCACAGAUCUCGUUUCUCACAGAGUUUCCGGAGUCUAGGAAGCACAGAUGCUGUUUACAGCCUUUCCCAAUCCCACUUAAAUGAAUCGCAAGCACAAAAAGAUGUCAAAAACAAAAUUAUAGAUAUCUCACUCCUUAAAAAACCAUUGCUACAGAUGUAUCUUUUUGUGUACUUAUUUGGAAGUAUAGGAUCUGCAUAUGGUCAUAUUUAUAUUUCCCCGUUUGCUCGUGACCAUGGAAUGACUACAACAGAAGUCUCAAUAUUGGUAUCUGUUACCAAUAUGUGUGAUUUCAUUGGUCGAGGUUUAUGUGGGGUAAUAGCCAAUCAGCGUAUAGUUAAGAACUCAACGAUUGUUGCUAUUAGCCAGCUUGUGACUGGUGCCACCUUGGCGCUCUGCCCCUUUUAUGGGUCCUUCUGGAGCUUCAUUGUCCUAGCUGUUAUGUUUGGUCUUUUUGCCGGCGCCAUUUUCUCUAUGACGCCAAGUAUUGUAGUGGACUAUGUAGGAAUAGAAAAUUUUAGAACAGCUUUUGGAAUUCUUAUCCUGGGACAAGGAAUAACUAUGGGAACGGGAGCUCCACUAUUAGGUUACCUCCGGGACGUAUCCCUCUCCUAUAUGCCGUCCUUUUACUUCAUGGGGGCAUGUCUGAUUCUGUCUGGGCUGACCCUACUGAUGGAACCGUGUGUCAGAAAACGUCAGGACAAAAUGGAGAGUCAGGCUCGACUGUCAGAAGAGGUGGCGCUUUCCACUUAAUUCAUGAGGAAUUUUAAAUUUGAAAAUUGUCGAUAUCGACGGGAAAAAACGAUAAAAAUGUGAAUGUCUGAAUAAAAAAUACAAACCUGACCUUAAGAAACUAAAGAACCAAAGUCCCAGUAUACAUUUGCAAAGGACUAUAUAUGGUUUGAGCAUAAAAUGGCCCCCUAAAAUGAACAUUGGCAUGUUAUCGUAAUUCUUUGUUUUAUUUGUACAAACAUACAUCUAAAGUUUUUUCAUAAUUUUCAUUUUGAUUUAAAUAUGAUAUCAUAAAGUUUACCUUUUCCCGCCAUUUUCUCAUUUUUAGCAUAAAAUUUUUUAGCUUGUUUUGAAGCAGAUUUCUUUAAGGAAACAUUGAGCGAUUGCUUGAACAAACAAAAUAUUUUCACCAAAGAUGUAUUUCUCCAUUACUUAUAAGUGACAAAAAGUUCGUUCUUGUUCAAAGAGUCGCUUUAUAUUUCCCAUUCGAAAAAAGAUUAGAAAAAUGUCAAUUUAUGAUUGAUUUUGAUUGAAUUAUAGAAAUAGUGUCACUUCUGACGUCAUAUACUGCCAGUGAGUGCAUAUAAAUCAAAUAAAUAGGUGAAAAACAUA